AUGCCAGCCCCCGUUUUACCGCCUGAUGCAUGGAAUUCCCAUAUGCACUGCUUCGACCCGGAACGUUUCCCUUUCAAAACAACGCGCGCUUAUACCCCGCAGCCAGCAGUACUGAAGGACCUCAUUGAGAACUCAAAAGCGGACAAUGUGAUGCUUGUGCAAGCAACCAUUGAAGAUGGAUAUACAGGCUUGUUGGGGCACUUGCAGCAAUGUCGAGAGCAGUAUCCCGAUAAGCGUGUACUUGGGACUAUCUUUUGGGAUCCUGGAGAUGCAGGUCUGAAGAGCCUCACGAAAUUUGAGUUUGAGAAGCUACAUAACGCAGGGAUUCGAUCUGUAAGAAUUCACGGCUCAUAUGGUGGUUCGGGAGAUGAUGUAUCUUGGGUGGUUCAGCAAUUUCUGGACGUCGCUUCUCAUUGCCCUCUGCGUAGAUGCAACUGGAGUAUCUCAGCUCAACUACCCCUCGCGACGUGGUCUUCAAUUGCAGAAACCCUCUCUUCCCAUCUAGACCUCAAAGACAUCCCUAUCAUCAUCGAUCAUAACGCUUCCGUAACACCACCCGGCAUCAACACCCCCGAAUUCACCUCCCUUCUUAACCUCCUCUCCUCCCCGAACAUGUACAUCAAACUCGGCGCCCUCCACCGACGAAGCACCCCAAUCUCCCAAAUGGAGCACAUAAUAAAAACCAUCGCAAACACCGCGCCUCACUCAAUCCUCUGGGGAAGCGACUGGCCGCACUGCAACGCUGCGAUCCGAGGACUUACCCCGACGCCUCCGCUUGAGGUAGACACAGACCAGGAGCUUGAGCUUUUGAGAGAUUGGCUUACGGAGGAGAAGUGGGAGCGUAUGCUUGUAUCGAACCCCGAACGGAUACUCGGCACGCGGGAGUAG